AUGUCCUACCUUGCACCCCAGAUGUCACUCUCCAACGUUACAGCGACCGAUCCUCUCUCCGUCCCGCUGCUACCCUUGGACAAUCUCGAACAGCAGUCCAACUACGAUGCCGAAACCUUCAUUGGGAGCGAGGAUCCAUUCGUGCCGCAGACCUUCCAUCCUCCAAAGCUGAGACGCUUCACGAGCACACAAGAGGACCCAUUUUCGGACGCCCUGAGUACAUACGACCAUCCGAACCAGGAUCAGAAUGGUGCCGAUAGCCCGUCGAUCGAGCGCGACAACAAGCUACUCAGCUUCUCGCUACCGACCUUAAACUAUACACUACUAGACUAUGCGUACCGACGUACCACAAUCUCAUUCUUGGCGCAGUUACAUGGCAUGUUCUUUCUCGCUGAGUCGCCGUGGGCCUCGGCCGCGGACGCCUCAGCGACGCCUACCGAAUUGACUUGCUACCGAAGGAAUCUCUUCCAGACAACUGGCACAAUUACUUUACCGCGUGCUUUGCGGUGCAUCAUGACGGAGCAAGGAGAACAAAUACCCAUAUUGGGCCAGGAGCUGACAAUCUCCGCGACUGAGUCGGUCGAAGGCAAUCCUGUAAAGAUAAUAUCCGUUCCCUGGAAGACGCCCGCCACGAACGUCCCGGUGGCAGAGGAUAAAGUGGAGAGAGAGCCGCCACCGAUCCCCUUGGAUCUGUCGAACGGACAGGAUAUAGAUCCCGACUUUGUCAGUUUUCCAAUUGCUUGGAAAAGACUGCAGUUCAGAAUAGCCACCGCGAACAACGGCCGAAGAAAAGAAUUGCAGCAGCAUUUUGUCGUGCGACUAAAGGUAGUUGCAACUCUAGCGACGGGAGCUAGAGUUACCAUUUGCGAAGUGCAAUCGGGACCCAUCAUUGUGCGUGGGCGAAGUCCGCGAAACUUCCAAUCGCGGCGAGACUUCCCAAUCAGCGGUGGUGGCAGCACUGCACGGAAGGGCUCACAGAUACCGGCCCAACCUACGCGGAACUCGACAGCAGAGACUGUGCAACAGCACCAGCACCAGCACCAGCGCUCAGAAACCAAAGUCGAAAUACCACAGAUGCCCCACCAAUUCGACUUCAGUGAAGCUUCAGUAUCCCCGAACUUUUUCGAGUGGAACAUCCCCACCGGUCAGGUUGGCGCCAUGACAGCGAUCCCGCCAGACGCCACCUCCUACGCCAUGCACGAAUCGGCGGCAGCUUAUGCGCAGUCCAGUCCAGACCUUACACGCUAUCCACAGCCAACACAGCGACCCUCGCAGCCGAUAACGCUCUCCUUAAUAGAAGAAGAACCGAAGAAGCCGAGCUCCCCGAUAGAAAGUGCAAAGAAGGCGCCCCGGCUAUCGCAAAUACACCGCCCGCCUUCGUUCUCUAUCAAUGUUAUCAGCAGCCCCGACGAGAGCGCGGAUCUCCUGUAUGAGUAUUUCCCGCUGGGUCUGGACGACUGGAUGCCGCCUGUCGACGCGGUUUAUAGGCCGCAUGUCGUGCAUCACACCAACGUUCCGCAGGACCCGAAAGCGAUGGCUGCCAAGAAUAGGAGCAAGAGGUACUUUUCUGCGGAUCAGGAUUGA